AAACAAACAAACAAACAAACGAACGAUGAGUUCACCCGUGUUGCUCAUUCCUUAACACUUGGAAGGUGUUACACGAAGAAUGGGCGUGAGUUAUCCAUCGAAAGAGAGCCCGGAGACUUUGGCUGCUCCUUGUUUUUUUUUUUUUCUUUCUUCGUCUUCUUUGGACCAACAUCUGAGCGCUCAGUUCAGUCGGUGAGAGGCAGCGGACGAACCAGCAGCACGAGUGCGCAGGAUGCACAUCAACCUUUGUGUGACUGACCUUCCAAAAAAUAAGCCAAGUAAGGUGCGCAAGAAGGAGGGGAGCGCGGAGUCAGAGAGUGUUUGAGUGAGCUAGAGGAAGAGAGGGAGGAGAGAAAGGGAGGAACGUGUGGACCAGGUACUCGAGUGCUAACAAACCUCCACGGGGGCUGCCGGGUUCGAACACAGGAUCAGCAACCAUGGUGCCAGCGCGCUUCCUGGGACUGGCCCUCCUCGUCCUUCUCCUGGGGUGCACCGUGGUUUUGUGCCUCGGCCAGAACGACACGGAGCCCAUCGUGCUGGAGGGCAAGUGUCUCGUCGUGUGCGAUUCGAACCCUUCUUCGGACGGAGGCGUCACGUCCUCCCUCGGCAUAUCGGUGCGCUCUGCGGGCGCAAAGGUGGCUUUUUCCGCCGUGCGUGGAACCAACCAUGAGCCGUCAGAGAUGAGCAACACCUCCAUGACGAUCUACUUUGACCAGGUUUUAGUGAACAUCGGCAACCAUUUUGACUUGAAGGCGAGUGUUUUCCAAGCUCCAAGGAGGGGGAUUUACAGUUUCAGUUUCCAUGUGGUGAAGGUCUACAACAGACAAACCAUUCAGGUAAACCUGAUGCAAAACGAUUACCCAGUCAUAUCAGCCUUUGCCGGCGACCAGGACGUGACAAGGGAGGCGGCCAGUAAUGGAGUACUGCUGAUGGUGGAGCGUGAGGACCGUGUCUACCUGAAGUUGGAGCGAGGCACCCUCAUGGGCGGAUGGAAAUACUCCACCUUCUCAGGCUUUCUGGUCUUUCCUCUAUAAUCUGACCUUGGACGGGACCCUGGUUGGAACGACAACAUGAAAAAAAGCAACACCAUGCAAAUUGAUUUGAAACUCGAAGAACUUGUCAGCCAAGGAAGCUGAUGAAAUUCCUGAAUGUCCUCAACCAUUCUCCUCCCCCCUUUCCUCCUCCCCCUCCUCUUCCUCCUCCUCACAUCAGUCUCCUCUCUUUGUCCAAUAUGAAACUUGGAGAUUCAAAUAUUCACAUCCAUCAACUCGUACGCAGUCAGGACGUCGUGGUGGUGUUUGGAAUUUUUCGCUGGCUUGGGAAACUUUGCCAAAAAAGGACAGCGUUAAAGGAAGAGAAGAGAUGGCACGGAAGAAGCGAUGAGUUAUUAUGCUCUAUUUUAAGUUCUGUAUAGCCUUAAAGAAUAUAUGGUUUCCGUCCAAGUGAAGUAUAUGGAAUUAUCGACAAGCUGAGAGAAAGAGAGAGAAAAGCUUUAACGCCCAAAGCUGUCUUUUGCACGAACGGAUUUUUUUUUUUCCUUUAUGUUUUGUGCUGUCAAUGGUGUUAUGUUUGGAUGGUGAAAAUAAGCCAAAUUUGGGCCAAGAGAAGAAGAUUUAUUUAUGAAAAGAAGAAGAGGCCACUGGAAACGACUUGACUUGGCGAGCCCUUUUAUUUAAAAAGAAAAAAGAAUGAAUUAAUAAUUUUUAUUCUUCACAUUAGUGUGUUUUACAUUGCGGAAUUUGCAUAUAGCUUUUGAUUGGUUUCAUGUUGAAGUGACAUUGCUCACUAAAUGUAAAAUGUGGAAACAAUAGAAGAAUCCCUAUAUAUGUCCCGCUUAAUAAAAAAUAUUGUAUUGGAUAG